GAGAGAGAGAUAAAGAGGGAGCGAGGAAGUGAAAACUGAACUCAGUUUGAUUUUAGUCAGUUUAGUCUGGACUGAGCAGAAGGAACUAAUCUUCUUCUUCUUCUUCGUUGACUUUGGAAGGAUUUAUUUUAAGAGGAAGUGACAGACAAAGACAGAAAAACUCAAACAGACCAAAAACAGCAGAUUAAUCUGAGGACCACGAUCACUUUCACGUCCCCUUUCAGCCCAGCUUCACAAAGAGCAACAAAGAUUCUGGAGUCCCAGAAUUCAGGACUUUUGAACAAGUUUCUGAAUCUGAGCAGCCAAACAGGGAUCUUCUGGAAUCAGUUUUGAAGCUACAGAAAGUUUUAGAAACACUACUACCUCCAGAUUUUUCUCUAAAUUUGGGAAGUGGUUUAGAAGUAGCAGUCCAUAAGAAUUUUUGGAGUCGCAGCAGCAGAUUCUUUGAAGGGUUCCAGGAUGGGACACAGAAUUUCCUCCAUGCCCUUUGGGUUCAUCCUGCUGCUGAUUGUCUGGUGUUUGUCAUUUAUUGAUCCAGCUGUCUGCCAACAUAACCCCACAUCAGAGCCAUCUUUCUCAAAUCUGGUGAUGUCUGAUCUGCCAGGCUUCCGCAGCACUGACCAACCUCUAGACCCAGGCUCGCAUCAUUUGCAAAAUAAUGAGAAGAAGAGUGGUCACGGAAAGCAACACUUCCAAAAGCUGAAGCAACACAAAGAACAACAACCGUCCACCAAUACAUCUACGGUGGUUAGGUGCUCAGUCAAUGUGAAAAUGAAAGCAACCUUCAGGUACAUCAAUGUCGUGCUUUCCUGUUUGAUCUUUAUUGUGGGAAUCAUUGGCAACGCCACCCUGCUGAGGAUUAUCUCCCAAAACAAAAGCAUGAGGAAUGGACCCAACGCUCUCAUAGCCAGCCUCGCCCUCGGGGACCUGAUAUACAUCGCAAUAGUCAUGCCAAUCCAUGUCUAUAAGCCCUUGGCGAUGAGGUGGCCCUUUGCCGAGAAUGACUUUGGGCUGUUCCUCUGCAAGCUGGUUCCCUUUGUGCAGAAAGCUUCAGCCGGCAUCACCGUCCUCAGCCUGUGUGCUCUGAGUGUGGACAGGUACCGAGCUGUGGCAUCCUGGUCACGGGUGCAGGGCACGGGUCUCCCCACGGUAACAGCGGUGGAGAUUAUGGUGAUCUGGGUGCUGUCGGUGGUGCUGGCUGUGCCGGAUGCUGUCACCUUCACUAUGGUCCCUUCCACAUACAACAACCAUAGCUUCAAUGUCUGCAUGUUGUCACACAGAAACACACCCUUCCUGAAACACUACAUCGAAGCCAAGGACUGGUGGUUUUUUGGUUUCUACUUCUGCAUCCCUCUGGCCUGCUCAGCCAUUUUCUACAGCCUCAUGACCUGCGAGAUGAUCCAACACGAGAAAGAAAGUCUGAAGAUCUCGCUGACCGAGCACCUCAAGCAGCGGAGAGAAGUCGCUAAGGUCGUGUUCUGCCUGGUGUUGAUCUUCGCCUUGUGCUGGUUUCCUCUCCAUCUGGGUCGCCUGCUGAAGAAGAUCAUCUAUGAUCGAGACCUCAGUGAGCAGCGAUGUGAACUCCUGAAUUUCCUGCUGGUCCUCGACUACAUCGGCAUCAACAUGGCCACCAUCAACUCCUGCAUCAAUCCCAUAAUCCUCUUCUUUGUGUCCAAGAAGUUCAAAAACUGCUUCAAGUCCUGUCUGUGCUGCUGGUGUUACUCUGGCUCUCUCUCUAACAGCAUGCUGCCUCUCCACCACGGGACGAGCCUGCAGUACAAACACACUGACCACUGAGCGAGCAGGACACUCGCCUGCAUCUGCAGCUCUGAGCGCUGAACCAGCAGCCACACAGAGACACUGACUGUGUGUGAAAUACAGCACAGAGUACACCAGCGCUUUCAUGUGUAGUCUUUACCUUUAUUAGUGCAUUUAUUCAAUUCUGUAUUAUAUUAUGUGUAUUAUAUGUGAUAUAGUUAUACUAUGUGUCAGACCUUAUAGCUGCAGUGUAGUGACGUUUAAAUGUUUAGUGACAAGUUCGAGUUCCUUCGAAAAAAAGAAAAGAAAAGGUUUUCCUCAAACCCUGAGCUCCGAAUUCAACCUCAUCCAACAUCUUUGGGAUGAAUUGGAAAGCCAAAUGAGCCGGACCUCAUCACCCACGGUCUGUGUUGGGCCUCUUGUGGCUAAACAAAGUAUUACAUUAAUUAUGAUAACGUAAAUAAUGUGUUUUUGUGCCCUUUAACUUUUACUGCAGAUAAGCUGUUAAAUGACAGCAAAUCUUUGUUUUUACUAAAGAAAAAAAAAUUAACAAAAUCUUAUUUUAUCAGAUCAAUUUGAAAUAGCAAUAUUUUUUCAUGAUAGAAAAACCAUCUAAAACAAGAGAGAAUUUCUUGUUUUAUUUUCAUACUUGAUAAAAAAAAAAAUCUUGUUUUGAUAUUUUUUUCUGUGGAUUUUGAAGUGUGUCCACAAAAACAGUGCAUUGUCUCUGAAUUAACAGAAACGUUUCAUGUUUCUAGAUCUUAGAUGUGUCUGAGUUGCACGCAGCCAUUUUUUCUUUUUUCUUUUAUGCAUCCUAUUUAUUGUUGUUUAAAUAUGUAAAAUAAUAUUCAGUUAGUGCAAACAGAAACAAUUGUGAUGUCAAAUGGUACAAUAGCGUCCUCUAGAGGCUGAAAUUUUGCAUCACAUCGCACAAAAUCAAACGUCACACGUGAUGGUAAAUGCAAACGUCAGGGUCUUUCUGCUUUCGCAGCUGAAGCUGAAAUUUAAAUGAAGUGAAAUAUAAAACCUGUGUGUGCUGUGGAGCAGCGAUCAGACCAACAAUCUGACUUCCACCAAAGUCUCUAAACAUGUCAGCACAUGGACUGAAGUUACUGGUGUUGAACUAUUCAUCUGUUUUAUAUCUAUACUUACUGUGACUUGUUUAAUAAGUAUUACACGUGUUUGUUAAUAAAAGUAUAUUCUCCACA